AUGACCCGGCUCUACUUGCCCAGGCCCAAAGCCUUUGCAGAUUCAAUGCCAGUUCCUCCCAGGGGCCUGGGUGCUGGGGAGGGAUUGGGUAGUCCAGAGCAUCCAUGUGUAUCUCCCUGUAACUCUAGCCAGGCCCAGCUCCUGGACAGUGUCCUGGGGAUGGGGGCACUAGGGUUGACGAUUCGGGCAAUCUUUUCCACGGCUGGCCCAGCUCUACUGCUACUACUGCUACUGGUCAGCUUCCUUGCCUUUGACCUGCUCCAUAGGCCUGCAGGUCCUAACCUGCCACAGCACAGGCUUCUCACAAGGGGUCAGAGUCAGGGAGCCGGUGAAGGUCCAGGACAGCAGGAGGCUCUCCUCCAACCAGCGGGGACAGUCACUGGACAGCUCAGCCUUCAGGAUGCACUGCUACUACUACUCAUGGGACUGGGGCUGCUCCUUGGAGCCCGUGGCAUGCCCGCAGCCCUGUUGGGUCUGGCUUUCUGCCUCCACCCAUGGGCCUGA